AUAUAGUAACCUUGAGUAAAAAUGACUGUGGAAUAUUAGUUGGUAGUAACAGAAACGAUAAAGAAGUAAAACGUGACCUAUCAAAAGGACUCUUGAAAAAAGAAGCCCUGCAACAUGAAUGCAGAAAAUGGAUGGAAAGACCCACCAAAAUUGAACCUACCAAAGGAAUGCCUAAAGAGAUUGAUGCCGAAAAGGAUAAAUUACGUAGGUGGCAUUCGACAAGAGCCUCACAAUUUGCCGAUAUGAGUCAUAUGCUUGAUUCUUGUGAUCAUGAUAGCAUCAGUGUUGGUAAGAAAGAAUGUAUGAUUACCUGA